AUGGCUCCUAAUAAUAAGCCUGUACUUGCCCCCCUCAAGACACCCAAGACAAUGACGUUUCCCUCCGAGCUCAGUCCCCUCACUGCCAUGACCAUGCCUAUUAUUAAACUCGAAGACGGAAUCAGCGAGGCAAGCAGCACAUCGUCUGUCACCCCGCCGUCUUCCUAUCUUCACUUUCUUGAUGCUUUUUCGCCAAUAUUCAAGAGUGCCGACAGCGCGGGCCACAGUGCGGCCUCUGACUUUCGGCGAUUUCCCUUCGAACGAAAGCGACGCCCCUCUCCAAUCUCAGUACCGAAAAGUACAACAAUUGAUGGGCCCAAAACUACCAGUGCUGCUAUACAGCCGCCAUCACCAGCGACCAGCCAAAAGUCUGCAACCAGCCCGCAAUCGGCUAGGCUUCCCCUCCCCAGAUUACAACGACUCCGCAUUCCCACCACACGUGUCAACUAUCCCUUGAGUGACUCUCCCGGGAGUACAGAAACACCUGGAAGCGCAAGAACUCCUGGCAGCGCACGUACACCCGGCAGCGCACGAACACCCGGUAGCGCACGCACAAUCCUCUCCCCAUAUACGCCAUCGGAUUGGAAGAUUCGAUACACCGAGAAACCGAUAUGUGAGGGUGGAAAGUUGGUGAGCGUACGACAAGUCGUAACGCGAACUGUGACAUACAAGCGAACGCACUUAGAGGCUCCGCCAAAGGGAAAGCGUCGCAAGACCACCGAUACCCGGGCCGAAUAA